ACGAAUCAAGUGAUGACAGUAGGUGACACUCUAUUUGAACUAGUGUUCGAGGCUAUUGGCCUUGAACCAAACCACCUCAAGGAUAUGGGUUGUGCAGAGGGGCUUCUAGCUAUAGGCCAAUAUUAUCCAGCAUGUCCACAACCUGAACUUACUCUAGGCACCAGUAAACAUGCUGACAACGACUUCCUCACCGUGCUUCUCCAAGACAACAUAGGCGGUCUCCAAGUCCUACAUCAGAACCAUUGGGUAGAUGUUCCCCCUACUCCCGGAGCACUCGUGGUCAAUAUAGGAGAUCUUCUACAGCUUAUAACGAAUGACAAGUUCAAAAGUGUUGAUCACAGAGUACUGGCAAAUAAAGUUGGUACAAGGGUAUCAAUGGCGUGCUUCUUCACGACAGGUUUACUACCAACACAAAAGCUGUAUGGACCUAUAAAGGAGCUGAUAUCGGAACAGAAUCCUCCGAAGUACAGGGAAACAAUGAUUAAGGAGUUCACAACUUAUCUCAAUAACAAAGGGCUGGAUGGCACUUCAGCUCUGUUGCAUUUUAGACUUUAG